AUGACUACUGUCCCUCAGGGUCCUGUUGAAGCGCGCUCAUUGUCGACGAUCACCGCUAUCGCAUCGAAUCCCCCCGCCUACCCACGCAAUCCCACCCACGAGAAGCACGAGCCGCUAUCUCUAUACAUUGUGCGCGUGCCCGGGAGUAAAGACAUUUUCCUCUCACCUCUCAAACCACCAACCAAAUUCAGUGUCUCUGCCGAGGCGAUCAACGCUUCUCUUUAUUAUCUCCAUGUUGCGACUCCUGAGGAUGAUGCACUCCUCCAGCAAGUGGAGGCAGAGCGCGAGGAGGAGGCCCAGUUGCGCAAGGAGCGCCUCGAGAAAGCGGGCGCUGACGACCCGGCGCAGCGCGAAUUCGCUCGAUUGAAUAAUGUACGCCGUAAACCAGUCGGUGGGAAAGAAGAUGUGAAACCCGAGUCUUUGUCCACAUCGUCUCAAGAGGAUGUUGCUGCCCCUCCAGCACCUCCAGCACCUCCAGCACCUCCAGCUCUUCCAGCCCGACCAGUCCCUCCAGUUCCUCCCGCUUUGCCUCCGCGCCCAAUGACUAUGCCACAAGCCUCAGCAGAGAAUGUAUCUUUCUCUGGGGUUCCAGUCACCAUUGCACAGCCCCCCUUGAACAGUUAUAUGCCCGAUGGAGUGUCGCUAGAAUUGGGCGCUGAGGCUGCUACCCCACGACGAGCUUUACCCCCGCUGCCACCCGGUGAAGAGCCAUGGACCAAUGCCGCAGCAGCUGAGGAUUCGGCUAAGAGGGCAUCCCGAUGGGGCGCAUUUGCUGGACAUCUGGAAAAUCAGAAAGAGAACUGGAAGGGGAAGUAUGAGGCGCUGUCGGCUGGCCGCAGUAGCCUUGACUCUCCCAGGCCGCAAUUGCGGCCUCAUUCUUCACAUGGUCGUACCGGAUCACCACUUGGAAGCCCUGGGCAGUCUCCCAAUCGGCGUAGAGAUGCCUGUGGGAAUUCUUCUAGCAAUCCUGGCUUUCAUAUCACGCUCAUUAGACGUGAUCCAACAUCUGGUACACAGUGGAACGUGGCAACUAUAUCAACUCCACACAUGGAUCGCAACACUGUUGAUAUUGAGGUCUCCACUCCGGGAUACAACAGAUUCACGGGCUCCAAUGAUUUCCCGUCGUUGUCCAACCUGGCAGUCAAUCUCCCCACGGGGAUAGGACGCUUACCUACCUCUGCCCUUCCCCAGUCAUUAGCCACCGAGCAACCGAAGGAGCAGCAAUCCGGACCACGCAAAUUCCAACGCCAGCUCUGCGUAUCAAAGCCCUUUGGCGAAUCCGCUGAUUAUAAUAAUGGCUACGCCUCACUGAAAAGCGGCUACUACGUCUUCACCUCUCCUUGGAACGGCACCUGCACCUUCGCAAGCAGCGUAAAUGGCCGAAGCCUCAAAUGCAAACAUAUGAUCCCAACGCCCGGUGGUUUUGAUCCAUCAACCGGCGAAGCUGAAAUACCUCCCGCCGUCACCGUCGCCGAGCUUCGCUUCAACACUCCAUUCCAAGCAGCGAAUCUGCACUCUCACGCCCACCACGCAGCUAACAAGCCCCAUCCAAACCACAUCUCCCCCUUCACUCAAAGUCAAAUUCAAACCCACUCUCUCCCCCGCGGGAAUGACUCCACCGACAACACCAGCCCGGACGGGACGCCCCAGCAGUCCUCCAACUACACCGGCGGAAAGCGCACCUCUUUCUCCAAUUUGCUAAAUCCGAACAACUACGCCAGGCCCCGUGCACAGUCAGGUCCAGGCUCAACGCCUCCGAACCCUGCCUGGACCGCAGACCAGCGGGCAAACUUCAACCCUUCAGACCUCCUCCGCAGAACCUCUCUGCGCGCACACCGCUUUGCGCGCCAGAGCCAAUUAUAUACCGCUUCCCGGUCUCACCACCGCAGUACAAGUAACAGCAGCGGAGGAGAUCUGGAGUAUGAUUCUGAUGAAGAUCGGUUGGACUUUUCACUUGCAAGGGAGCCGGCUGGUGGUGGGUUACGAGGAAAGAGUGCUAAGCUGGGCAAGUUGGUGAUUGAAGACGAGGGUAUUAAAAUGCUUGAUCUUGUUGUUGCGGCUUGUAUGGCUGUUUGGUGGAGGGGGUAUUAUUAUUGA